UGGAUCUGAGUCGGUUGCUGAAAUUUUGGAAUUGCGUUUGAGCGAGGAUGGCAAGAGCGACGACGUGCAUCAUUCUCGCAUUCGCCUCGCUCUGCCGACGAUGACCUCGCUCCUCUCGCUCGACGUCCACGUCCACCCCAUCGACCCCGUGCGCGGGUCCCGCGUCGCCCGCACCCUCGCGCUCUCGACGGUCGCCGGCCGGACGCUGAUCGUGCUCGCGGCGCCGCCGUCAAAGGACCAGCCGGUCCCGCCGAUCGUCGACGCAUAUGACCUCGGCGACUGUACGCGCGCCGACAUUGUGGCGCCGACACCGAUCGCACCGACGCUGCUCGACCUCGGCUUUGCGACCGGUCGCCAACUGCUGCUCGACUGCCACUCGGUGAACGCGCAAAUGGACUUGCUCGAAGCGCUGCGCCCGUUUGUGAGCGAACGCAAUGCACCCGACGGUCCCGUGUGGCGCCAACUCCUCGCAGCGACGACGACGAACGCGGCUGCGCUGCCGCCGGUGACGCACUUGCCGUCGGUCGCCGACGUCCAGGCGCAUGUCCGCGGCAUGAAGCGCAUGUACGACCUGCUUCAAGCGAUUCCAUCGGCGCCGGCGCUCUACGAGACGCUCUUGGACCUCGAGGCCGCGUAUGUGGCCGAGCACGUGUCGCUUCGGACGGCGCCGGCACCGGACAACUUUUGCCACACGGUGUACCAGCUGCACCCGCUGGCGUUCGCCCUCGGGACCAACGCGCCUCGGCCGACCAAGAAGUCGCUCAAGAUGAUCGCGGGCGUGUGUCCCUACUGCCACGCCGAGCUGCCGCGCUGCACCAAGGACAGCAUGUAUUUGCAGCAGUGCGACAUUCGGUGCGCUUCUUGCCACGAGCUCUUUGGGCCCGAGACGUACUACAAGACCGCGCACGGCACGACGGCCUUCAACGUGCCGCUGCGCAAGACGCUGAGCGCGUGCCCGCACAAGACGUGCCGACACCCGAUUGCCGCUGACGCGCAGUUCCGACUGCACAUCCUCGGCGACGUCAUUUCUUGUGCCAAGUGCAAGAGCGACCUCGCGUACGAGACGUUCCAGAUCGCCGUCUUCAUCCAAGAACACCCGACGUUCGAGCUGCUCACCAACAAGAAGCGGGCGCACGUGACGCUGCGCAUCGCGGCGCCGGGGAUCCCGACCGACGGCACGUGGGCGACGUUCAUUUCCGAGGUGCAAGCGCGCAUCGCCGACGUGGCCGACACGGCGUGCAAGGACGGCGUGUACUUUUUCCGGCAGCUCAUCCACCGCGCGCUCGUGCUCGUGCAGGUCAACGCGGUCGGCGCCUUCUCGAUCGACCUCGUGCAGGCCAUGUACCGCCAGCUUGACUUUGUGCAAAAGGUGUGUCCCAACGUCGAGUACUGGCUCAACGACGACGUGCUCGCAACGAGCCUCGUCCGGUACCGGCAGUUCAUCGAGGCUGUCCGCACCAAGAAGGCUGGCGAGAUGCUCGUGCCGACCAUCGACAUUGAUUUGGCGUGGCACACGCACAUGACGAUGCCGCCAGAGUACAUUCGGUGCAGCUCCAAAGCCGUGGGUUUUGUCAUGGACCACGACGACACGGUCGCGGGGCCGUCGCUCACGACUGCGUUUGCGGCCACGCGCGGCCUCUGGUCGUCGACGCACGGCGCCGCGUACUCGCAGUACAACAGCAAGGACUUUGGCCUCUUUGCGGCCAAGGACGUUCGGUUUGCCCACGCGCUGAGCCAACUGGCGGACGAUGCGACGGUCGUCCUCUCGCUCAUUGGGACGCCCGUGUUUGACCACCGGACGCGUGUCAACGCCUCGCACGGCGACGCGCUCAUGCAGGCCAGCGGAAUCUACACGACCAAGGGACCGGUCACGCAAGGCGACAACAACGUCGACACGGGCUGCGCGCUCGGCGGUUGCGGCGAGACGGGCCUCAUGAAGCUCCUCGGCAUCAAGCACAAAGUGCGCUAAGCUUCCUCUUCCUCUCUGUCUAUGAUAAUGCAAUAGUCUUGUUUGUGGCAUC